GCGGAAUCGGCUAUCAUGUUCCUAAUUACUUAUUGGACUGAUAAUGGAGAUUGCAGCAACAAUUAGAUGAAAACGUGUGCGAAUCGUGCAGUAUCAGACGCUUAACCGGUUGAAAUCCAGCCACGGUAGAAGCGGCAGCAGCAUGCAGCAGCAGGAUGAUCCGGACGGCGUGGCGAAGGCAGGCAGGUCGGGCCGCAUGUUUUGCGCAGUGUUGCCAUUGGCUCGGGCCGCACCUGCUCCGAUUGGCGCCUCAUGGAGGGGUGCGCCAUUACGAUCUCUAGUACCGCGGAUAAGGCAUAGAGGGCUAUAGACUGCACAUACAUGGGUCAUAAAGGAUUCGAAGAAGUAGAGGAGAAGGACGCGUAAGAAAACACUCUGGGUUAAACGAGUGCCGGCGGUCGUAAAACAGCGCGGCGCGAAAUUGCUAACGUUCCGAUGGACUAUGGUAAUCAGUGCGCGGUGCGGGUGCAGUGAUCAGCCCCCAAAGCGAUGAGUUCCAAAUUCAUCAUUGAUAGCAUGCUCCCGAAGUACCAUCAGCAAUUCCAGCAUCAGCAUUUGUUCCAAACGUCCCCGGUCAAUACAUCUUCAAUCGAAGCUAGUCUAGCUUCCGUUGUUAAUUACAGUUCGUCCGCCGGUUCUCCAAGUGGUUCCUCGCCCCAACACUCCAACAGCAGCGCUUCGUCUACAUCUCCAGCUUCCAGAAUGUACCCAUACGUGUCAGCUGCCACAGCUGCAGCUCACCAUCACCAUCAGCAGCAAGCGGUAGCUGCAUUUAACGCUGCAGCAGCUACCGGAUCAAUGGUACCUGGAGGAUUUGCCUCAAGCGCCAGUUCAGCCGCUUUGGCUGCCGCUGCCGCUGUAGAUGCUGCAGCAGAUAAAUCAUGCAGAUACACGGCCGGGCUGACAGGCAAUGUGGCACCCACAGAUUCAAUGGUAAAUUACACAUUGGGACACCAUCACCAGAAUGGUGCGGCGGUGUCUGCAGCUAGUUCAGUCAGCGCUGCUUCAGCUUCAAUGGCUGUCGCAGCUCAGUUUUAUCACCAAGCUGCCAGCGCGGUUGUUGACCCAUUAAACUCAUGCUCACAGCCGACGGCUCCUGGAGGACAGCCGAUUCCUGAUAUUCCCCGAUAUCCUUGGAUGUCAAUCACAGACUGGAUGAGUCCCUUUGAUCGGGUCGUCUGUGGUGAGUACAAUGGUCCAAAUGGAUGUCCGAGACGACGAGGCCGUCAAACUUACACUCGCUUCCAGACUCUAGAGCUAGAGAAAGAGUUUCAUUUCAACCAUUACUUGACACGACGAAGACGAAUAGAAAUAGCUCACGCUUUAUGCCUGACUGAACGCCAGAUCAAAAUUUGGUUUCAAAAUCGACGAAUGAAACUAAAGAAAGAAUUGAGGGCAGUUAAAGAGAUUAACGAGCAGGCCAGAAGAGAAAGAGAGGAGCAGGAAAGGCAUAAGCAGCAACAACAGGAAAAGCAGAAACAGAACAUGGGGGAGAGUAUACAUCAGCAUCAUCACGAUCCCAUUAAAAUGAACAUGACAAAGUCCGAAAGUCCAUCGGAUCUACUGAAAACAGUGACGAAAGUUCCGACUUAAGCUUGUGCCAUGUUUUUUGUCAUAACAUUUGAAAAAUUAUUAUUAAGUUAAUUAGACGGUUUUUUGUUGUGUUUGUGUUGUAACAAACAGUGAUGUUUUAAGUGUAUAUAGUUUACGUUAAGUUUGAGUUGACGUUCUACUUUUAGCUUUCGAAUAGCUAGGAUUUGAUUGGAUGUUUCAGAACAAUAGUGCUUUUGCGUAUUGCAUAUAUUCAGGAGAUGCAACUUCUAUAUUUUUAGCAGCAUUUUCCAGGAAGAUUAGUCGCCAAUUUUAAUUUCGGGCAGUGUUGUGCUAUUCGAUGCUUUCUUCGAUAAAAGGACUACUUAGUUGUGUUCACCUGCAUUCGAGUAGAAAGUUAAAUUUUGGACUUCAGUGAAGUGAAGCAGAUAUCCGCAAUUUGAAACGUUGCCAAUUUGCAAUAGCAAAUUUUAAAGCGGUUUGGCUUAAAGUUUUAUUGUGUGAAAGCUGGUAUAUUAUUCAAAAGGUCACAUAUAAAUACGGAGUUGUUUUAUUGCAGUUUUACAUGGAAGCUUUUGUUAAAAUUUUUCGUUUGCUUCAAAGAUUUGCAAUCCAAACUGACCUCAACUGCGCCCAUAAAAUAUUUUGUUUGUUGCUCAUAUUACCAAAGCAACUCAAUACUGAGGAUAAUAAUUUUGCAAUUUUCGGCUUUACCUAGUUUGUAGUGACAAACCCAAAUUAUUAAAAGUGCAAUAUAAAUUCUGAAAAAACUUUAGUCCUAGCUUUACUUGUUUAUUUUUAUGUCAUUGUGUCUUUAUUGGAUAUCA